AUGAACCCCGACAUAGUGUUAGUCCACUAUUUGAACGUACCUUACCCAGAUGAUAACAAGCUGGCCGUCAUAACCCCAAGUCUGGCCCUUUGGGCGGAUAAAAAAGAGUGGACAAAAGAGGAGCUCGUUUCCCAGUUAAAGCCAAUGUUUUUUAGUGAAGAUGAACCGGAUAUCAACAACGAAUUAGAAAUAUCGACUGCCGAAACGGUAGAGGCCAUAGUGAGUCAAUUAAUGGAAAAGCAGCGGGUAGCCAGACAAGCGGCUCUAGUCAAACAACUGGAAUGUGGGUGUCCAGAUUCUACGUGCGCAGACGGAAAAAGCUGUUCUCAUCCGAUGAGGAGGAUCACAGCCGCCAAGGAGGUAGCCAACUCGCCGUUGCCGAGUGCCAGCUCGAACUCGCGAACACCCAGCAAUUCAGAUAAUAAUAAUCAGGUUUCUUCCACUACCGGCACCGGCUCGUUACUGUUGGGAAACGGAAACUCGCCUAGGGUCUACUCUAGAGAUACAAGGAAUCAGCAUGUUAAGGCGGUCCAGAACAAUACAAACUGUUCGUCGAGUUCAGGAAAUACACCGCCCUUAGUUCUAAGCCUCUCCCAAAUCCAGGGCGGCGGAGGGUUACUAAUUCUCAACAGUAACUCCGGCAACAACAGCAACAACCACCAGAAUCUAGUCAAUCCAGUACCAGUAGCUCAUAGCGACACUAUACCUGUACCUGCCUCUUAUACUGUUCUAAAAGAUGUUAGUGAUGACUGUGACUGUGAAAUUAAUGCCAAUGAGAACAUUGAAUGUGAAAAAUCAUAUGAAUCUGAUGAAGAUCGCUCAUCUAAACUUUUUACUCAAGAAAAAUUAAACGGUUUAGCUAGAGAUUUAAGUCUUGCGGAGGGUGCUGCAGAAGUUUUUGGAUCCAGAUUAAAAUCAAAAAAUCUCCUUGCAAGUGAGGACAUUCAAAGGACCCUAUCGGCCAACAUGCCAUUGUGUUCAACUGAACUUAAUAAUCAAAAUCGCACUACCGAAACGAACACCAAUAAUCAUCAGAACAAGUCGCAGCCUCAACAGCAACAAUUGACUAACGAAAUUAAUCCCAUGGACUUUAUAGAUAGCUGUGACGUUGUCGUGUCACCUACUCACGUUGUGGACGAUGACGUAUUUGUUAACUUGGAUGCAUUCGAUAUGCUUGGAGAGUUUCCCGAUUUGGAGAGCUUAGAUUCUGGUAAUGCCGGACUCCUAGAUGUUAAUCCGUCCGAAAAUAGAAGUAACACUAAGGCACAACCAGAACACCAACAGAGCAAUCAUCCAUUGGAAGGCUCGGCAAAAAUUACCGAUUAUUCUCCCGAGUGGGCUUAUCCUGAAGGAGGAGUCAAGGUUCUGGUUACAGGACCCUGGCAUUCUUCUGGGCCAUAUACAGUACUUUUUGAUACAUUCCCUGUUCCCACUACUUUAGUUCAAAGUGGUGUGUUACGAUGUUAUUGUCCAGCUCAUGAGGCUGGUCUUGCAACUCUACAAGUAGCAUGCGAUGGCUAUGUGAUUUCCAACUCUGUGAUAUUCGAGUACAAGUUGCCACCAAGAGAAGAACAGGUGGCUGCACCUGAACCUAAAGUAGAAAGAUGCAAUGAUAAUUUACUUAAAUUUACACUACUUCAAAGACUCGAAGCUAUGGACGAUAGAUUACAAAUCAAACAAGAACCUGUCGACAACGAUGUGAUGUGGGCGUGUGCUAGAGGUCAUACAGAAACAGCUGUGAUGCUGUAUAAAUGGAAUCACAACGCACUUUACAUGAAGAAUGUAUCAAAUCAAACGGCUCUUGAUUGUGCAAGGUCAAACAAUCAUAUGGAUUUAGUAAAAGAAAUAGAAAAAUUGGAGUUAAGAAGAGAUAAAGCCAAUAUGAUGUUACACUCAAAUUUAUCUUCUAUCGAUACACUUUCUCCAACAUUGAUAUCACCAGCUAGCUCGAUUGGAUCUUUGAUCUCGAUCGCUUCCACCAGUAAAUCACACGAUGGAGUUUUUCUAAGACCUGGAGCAGUAACAAGGAGUGAAGUAAAUAGGUACAAGAUUUUAAACGUAGAUCUUGAUAGUGAUACCAACAACAAACUGAUAACUUCGGCUCCAAGUCCUAUGCUAUCCGAUUUUUCUUCAAGUACCAGAGGCAGUAAUGGGCAGAAGUUGGUCAAGAGACCAUCGAUUGAUAGUGGAAUCAAUAUGAGCUGCGGGCCAGCUGCAGAUAGUUAUAGACCUAAGAGUUCCAAAGUUUUCAAUUCGCGUGAUACUCCAAAACUUUCAAAAUUCGAUAGGAGUAUGUCCCUCCCUCUACAAACAUCGUGUUUAAAAGAUCAUUCAUUCGACAAUGAUAGUUUAGAUUCCCACAAAAAGAUGGAUUUUGCCUUAUGGAUUAAUGAUAAUAAUUUAGUAUGUAGUUAG